AUGGCGGAUUCCUUCAGUGACGCUGCCGGUGACGGAACCAACGAUGGAACCAACGACGUCGGCGGCCCUAGCGGUGGUUGCUUCAAUUGUGGUGACGAAGGCCACAACAAAGUCGACUGUCCCAAUCCCCGCCAGUUCCAUUGCAGCCAAGAGGGUCAUAUGGCCAAGGAUUGCCCGGCUCGCGAGUCGAUUGUUUGCCGCAACUGCGGACAGAUGGAUGAGGCCUGGGCCGAGCUCGAGUCUGCCAUUGCCGAGCGCGAUCUUGACGAUGUCAAGGAAGCUCUCGCUAAAUACUCCAAGGCUUGUCCCGAAAUGACGUACGUGGAGUUCCAGCAGGCUCUUAUUGACAAGGAAAUGAGUCUCUAUCUCAUCGCCAUGGAGCGGCCCUUGGCGGCCACCCACACCAACAUGGACCUUCAAGCCGGGUGGCCCGCCAACCGCGAGGAGCUUCUCGACCGUCUCCAGGACGCCGGAGACAUUGUCGAGACGGGAAUUCCUCGAUGCAGCAAAUGUAAGGAGAUGGGGCACGUCCGGAAGCAUUGCCAAGUUGAGCAUGUUGAAGAGCCUGGAAACCGUCUCGAGAUCAAGUGCUAUAACUGCGACGGUGUCGGUCAUCGUAUGCGAGAUUGCCCCAUUCCCCGUGCUUCCAAAAUGACUUGCCGAAACUGCGGUCUCGAGGGCCACAAGGCUGCCGAAUUGGGCCACUUCGCUCGAGACUGCCCCCAGCGAUCCGGUAAUAAACGCAGCUGCUACAAAUGUGGAAGCUUGGAGCACCUGGCUCGAGCAUGCGAGGCCCAGCCCCAGGCUGAGGCCCAACCCAUUGAGGAACUUGAGGAAUUUGGCUCGAACAUGGAUGCUGAAGAGGACGGUGGCGAUUGUAUCCUUGCAAGUCCUGGCCUCCCUCUGUGCAGCGCCGCUGAAUCGUAA